AUGGAGCGUUCAAGUCGCCGAGAUCGUUCACAUGAAUCCGAUGAAGAUCCAAGCAGUGAUACGGGUAGCAAUACACGGCUACGCAGUCGUCGCAUGCGAGAUACACGCAGCUCCACAGCCGAUUCCACUUCAGAUGGUGCCGAUACGGACGCGAGCUCGGCUGGUCAGAACGCAGACGCUCCUCAGCGUCGACAGCGACAUUGCAAUAGCACACGAAAGACGUCAGAAGAGCCACGCAAAAAGUCUGCGCGUAACGUGGAGGAGCAACAGUUGUUGCAGUUGGGGGAUGACGAGGACGAGGAGGAGGAGGAGGAGGAGGAAGAGGACGUGAAAGAUACUGCCAAGGUGAAGGAGGACGAUAGAGGACGCGAACGCUCAAUGUCUAUUGCAUCCAAUAAGUCAUCGACCUCCUCAUCUUCUCUGGUCUCGGAGCAAAUGACAGGAGAGCAACAACGUGCACGACUUGAUCAGCAAGUGGCGGAGCUGGAGCAGAAGAAGAAAAUGGUCGAGGAUGGAACUCUUGCCGAGUUCUGCCGUCGUGUGGCUGCAUUUAAAGAAGAACGCAACCGACUAUUGCAGACAGCAGAGUUGCAUAAGAAUCUACAGCUCAAGAACGGACAAGAUCUUUACCAAUUUGAGGUACAGCGUGCUCAUCAUUUGUGGCAGCACGAUCGCAAAAAACUCCAGGAAGAACUGCUGACCAAAGUAGAUGCUUUUAUGGCCAAGCUCCAGGUAGAGAUGAAGGCGCUGUCCGAGCCUGGGGUCAGGAUUUCCGGUGCCUGCAAAAAGCCUCCGCAGAAACAAGACGUGCAAAAAUCAUAUACCGAGAAGCCCUCUGUGUAUGUUACUGUUAUUAAGGACGACAAGGGUAAGAGUCAAUCGGCAACUGAACCCCAGCAGGAGGAGGGCGAAGUGCUAGAGCCAUCAUUAACGAUAAAAGGAGCUCCGGUGGUCAAGCGACGCAAAAUGGACCCGCUAAUGAAUGCAGAACCGAUCGAUAUGUCAAAGUUGCUCUCAGUUGAGGUGGUGCGCUUGCCGUUCGACGAAGCCAGUGCCGACAUUACAGCUAUCGUUGGCGAACGUAAGGAAGCGGCAAAAUCUACGGUUGAACGUUUACCGAACAAAGGCAAUCUGCCUUUCAAGCUUGAGCGACGACGGUUAUUUUGCGGCAAGUAUAUAUUCGAGGAUGGAGACGAAGUGCAAGUUUCGAUGCCGCUCGUGCAUGAAGACUACACGGGCACCGUUUCGUCGAUCACGGAUGAUGCAAUCUACAUCAAGCUGGCAUCAGGCCAAAAGGCGCGCAUCUUCCUGCCGCAUCUCGAGCGUCGCCGCUGUGAGCUCAAACCAUUACUACGUGGCAUUCCGUCCACGGGCAGCUUGCACAGCAUGGGUUGGUCCGAGUAUGAUACGUUUUACUAG